CACACACACACACACACGCGCUCUCUUUCUCUCUUUUUGACGGGGAGAACCGGGAAGGGAAGAAUGAGGAAGAGGUCCGCUGCGCUACGCGCCUCGUCUCAGCGAAUGCGGGUUUGCUGAUGAAGCGCUGCUCCGGUCAUCCGAUCAUACAGGUCACUCAGGUCGCGCUGCAUGGAAACAAGGAGUAGGCAAGAAGAGCAAAAGAUAACGGCAACAAAUAAAGGGGAGGAAAAGUGUUUGUGCAUGGGAAUCCGGAGUACUCUUCCCUCCCUUUGUGCGUCUCGGUGGUUGGAUACGCUGCCUUGACUAGCGUAUAAGAGCUCCCUGCGUCUCCAUUAUCGUCCCUCACUACUGGCUUUACCUCGGCACUACUCCUCCUUCUCCUGCAAGUACUCCUUACAUUAGAAGAGCUGUAUUACUACUUAACUACGAGCCAGCAACUCCGGAUUGGAAAGGUUCAACAACUACACUUCAGCUAAAAGUCUUGGAUUUACCAUCACCAUGGGCUACAGGUGUCACUCGUCUGUCCUGUCUCCUGCACUGAUACUAGCUGUUGUUACUGUGAUUCUCCUCCUGGAACCCCGGACCACGCUGGCUGGUGCCGCUCCCGAGCAAAGCCUGGGCAGCUCUGUUUCUGCCGUGUCUACAAAUAAAACAGAAUGCAGCAAACCUGAACAGUGUGAAAAUGGGGUGCUGCUACCCAUGUGGGAGCCGCGAAACCCAUCAUUUGGAGACAAGGUUGCCAGAGCAACGGUUUACUUUGUAGCUCUGGUCUACAUGUUCCUUGGUGUGUCAAUAAUUGCAGAUCGUUUCAUGGCAUCGAUAGAGGUCAUUACAUCACAGGAAAAAGAGAUUACUAUCAAGAAGCCGAAUGGAGAAACCACCAAAACUACGGUGCGAAUCUGGAACGAGACUGUCUCUAAUCUCACCCUCAUGGCUCUGGGCUCAUCUGCUCCUGAAAUCUUACUCUCUGUCAUAGAAAUAGUGGGUCAUGGGUUCGAUGCUGGCACACUGGGCCCCUCUACUAUUGUGGGUUCUGCAGCAUUCAACAUGUUUGUCAUCAUUGGGAUCUGUGUGUACGUUGUGCCCGAUGGAGAGACGAGGAAGGUCAAGCACCUCAGAGUCUUCUUUGUCACAGCCGCCUGGAGUAUCUUUGCCUACAUCUGGCUCUACCUGAUCCUGUCGGUGAUAUCCCCUGGUGUGGUGCAGGUCUGGGAAGGUCUGCUCACUUUCCUCUUCUUCCCGAUCUGCGUUGUGUUCGCAUGGGUGGCAGACCGUAGGCUGCUAUUCUACAAGUAUGUCUACAAGCGUUACCGCACUGGCAAGCAGCGUGGCAUGAUCAUUGAGACGGAGGGAGAUCGUCCGCUUCCUUCCAAGGUGGACAUUGAGAUGGAUGGAAAGAUGCUAAAUUCUCAUGGUGUUGACUUCCUUGAUGGUCCGCUGGGUUUGGAUAUUGAUGAAAAGGAUUUGGACGAGGAGGAAACCCGCAGAGAUAUGGCUAAGAUCCUGAAGGAGCUCAAGCAGAAACACCCUGACAAGGAGGUGGAACAACUCAUUGAACUCGCCAAUUACCAAGUCCUUAGCCAGCAGCAGAAAAGUCGAGCCUUCUAUCGAUGUCAGGCCACCCGACUCAUGACUGGUGCAGGCAACAUUCUGAAGAAACAUGCUGCAGACCAGGCUCGAAAGGCUGUGAGCAUGCACGAGGUCCGCUCCGACGCUGGUGAUAAUGAUCCAAUCUCCAAGAUCUUUUUUGAGCCAGGCUCCUACCAGUGUCUUGAGAACUGCGGCACAGUGGCUGUAAAUGUGGUCCGGAGAGGCGGGGAUCUGGGCAAGACUGUGUCUGUGGAGUACCGGACGGAGGACGGCACUGCCAAUGCUGGUUCUGACUACGAAUUCACAGAGGGUGUGGUAGUGUUCAAGCCAGGCGAGACCAUGAAGGAAAUUCGUGUGGGAAUCAUCGAUGACGACAUUUUCGAGGAGGAUGAAAACUUCCUUAUUCAUCUGUCCAAUGUCAAGGUGUUAGCCUCAGAAGGUGAAGAGCCAGAGGAAAAUGAAGCAGCUAAUCAUGUUGACUCUAUUGCGUGUAUUGGCAUACCAUCAACAGCCACCGUUACCAUAUUCGAUGACGACCACGCCGGUAUCUUUACGUUCGAGGAGCCUGUUUGCCAUGUCAGUGAGAGUGUUGGUAUAAUGGAGGUGAAAGUGCUGAGAACCUCUGGAGCUCGUGGUGUGGUCAUGCUGCCAUACAAGACUGUGGAAGGGACUGCUCGAGGCAACGGGGAGGACUUUGAAGACACUCAUGGCGUCCUUGAAUUUCAAAACGACGAAAUCUUUAAAAUCAUCAAGGUGAAAAUAAUUGAUGACGAGGAGUAUGAGAAGAACAAAACCUUCUACAUUGAGAUUGGGGAGCCUCGCCUCGUGGAGAGCAAUGACGCCAAAGGUCAAGAAGAGGAGGAAAAGCCAAAGGCAGAAGGGGAGGAAGAAGAGCCACUAACGGGAAAAGAUGAAGAGGAGCGGCGUAUAGCAGAAAUGGGCCGUCCCAUGCUGGGAGAUCACGUCAAACUGGAGGUCAUCAUUGAGGAAUCAUACGAGUUUAAGAAUACGGUGGACAAGCUGAUAAAGAAGACCAACUUAGCUCUGUUGGUAGGUACCAACAGCUGGAGAGACCAGUUUAUUGAAGCCAUCACUGUGAGUGCAGGUGAAGAUGACGAUGAUGAAGAGUGCGGGGAGGAAAAACUGCCCUCAUGCUUUGACUACGUCAUGCAUUUCCUCACUGUGUUCUGGAAAGUUCUGUUUGCCUUCGUCCCCCCCACUGAUUAUUGGAGCGGCUGGGCCUGCUUCGUUGUCUCCAUCUGUAUGAUUGGACUUCUAACUGCUGUCAUCGGGGAUCUGGCUUCUCAUUUCGGCUGCACCGUAGGUCUGAAAGACUCCGUCACAGCAGUCGUAUUUGUCGCACUCGGAACUUCUGUGCCAGAUACCUUUGCCAGUAAAGUUGCAGCAACACAAGAUCAGUAUGCUGAUGCAUCCAUUGGGAAUGUGACAGGCUCCAAUGCUGUCAAUGUGUUUCUUGGCAUUGGGGUGGCAUGGUCCAUUGCUGCCAUCUACCACAACAGCAAGGGUCGCGAGUUUAAGGUUGACCCUGGCACUCUGGCUUUCUCCGUUACACUCUUCACCAUAUUUGCCUUUAUCACCGUUGCCACCCUGAUGUACCGACGGCGGCCAGAAAUCGGUGGGGAGCUUGGCGGGCCCCGGACUGCUAAGGUCCUGACCACCAUGCUGUUCAUCAGCCUCUGGCUCCUCUACAUUCUCUUCUCCUCACUGGAGGCCUAUUGCCACAUCAAAGGCUUUUAAGAGAAAGAAAGAUGCAGAAGAGAAGGGUGGGGCAGAAGAACAAGGAUGAAAGAAAGGGAUCAACGGAAUGGAUUGUUGUUUAAAAAAUUAAGGUUGUCAUUGAUCUAUUACUCCCUCCCUUUGUGCAAUACAUGAAAUGACAAAUUAAUGGAUGUAUGUACAGAUGAAGAACCUUCCGAUGCGCUCAAAAUAGCAGCGGAGGGAAUCAAAGAUGCAUGGAAGAACAUCAUACUUGAGAUUCAAAGCCACUACAGAAAUUACUUCACUGAUGGCAAAAGGAAUACAAAAAAAAAUCCCCUUUCCCUUCUCACCACAAAUUCACACACAUCAUGCUGUCGAUGACAAAUUUUGGUUUAAAUUCAUAAAACAAAUUUACCAUAACACAAUAGUUGCAAUACAUGUCCUUUGUUUCAGAUAAAUCCGUGAUAGGAGAAUCCAAAUCAGCUUAUUGGGUUGGACUUUUAAAUAGAUCAUCAGUGCUCAUAGUUUGAAAAUGUGGCUUAAGCAACAAUCUCUGCAGACCUCAAGUUGGAGCAAAGAUCCUCUUGUGUCCAGGUUCAAAAUAUCAGUUUCUGCACGCACGUUCAAAGCUAAAAAAUGUAAUAGACAAACAGGAUCCUUGGCCACAGCCAUUUAUUGACAACAAACUGUGUCUGCAGGAGUAUGGCGGUGUGUUUGAGGUGGGAAGAUGGUAAACUACUGUGAAAUAAAUGCCUCUUGUUUUUGCUGUUGCUGCGUAAGACAAAAAUGCUAUUGUGCUUGAGGGCUUCUUGACUCUCACAGCUUGUAGAAAUGCUGAAGUGGACUUCUGUUCUGGGAGGGGCCCGUUCCAUCUGACGAAACUUUGAUCCUUGCCGGGUUUGGCACUUGUAAAUACUAUGAGGAGGACAGACGUUUCAGCUUGACUGGUUUCUUUCUGAAUGUCUUGGUUAUGCCACCGGCCCCUCAAAUGGGUCCUCGUUCUGUUGCUUUAUACUGUAGAUGUAAAUGAUUUAAGGUCCUUAUCUAAAUCAAAGUUGAUGGUGGAGGAUUUUGUGCUUUUACCUUUAAUAGGGCCAUGUCUGAGAGGACAAGAGGCCACUCUACCGUCAAAAACUGUUAGAGAAACCAUAGUUGUCGCGUUGCUAUUAUCCAUGUUAUCAUUGUGUGUUGGGGUUUCUUUUCUUUAAUGAAGGAAUCUCCUUUUUUAACUAUUGAGAUUUUCCACAAUCAUAUUUCAGUCAAAUCGUUGCCAUAUAAUAAGUAAAAAAAAUAAUAUAGAUGCCAAUUUCUGCAAAACUCGAAGGACUUUGUGAGUUCUGUUCAAUUUAUUCAACAACUUGGACAAUAUCCUGCCUCCUAAACAAGCCGUUGUUGACUGUUCAAUGAUUUAUUUGAAUAUUUCUAAACUUAAGGGCUUUGUUCAAACUAACAUAUUCCUGGUCCUUCCUAUUGGUUUCUAAUUCUGAGAAUAUAGUUAGACUGGCCAUUAGGGGUGAUAUAUAUAGACACUUUUCACACUUAAGAUUGACUCUUCCUUAAUAAGAUUUUGUUUCAUAGAAAAAAUAAAAAUAAAGAAGCUCCAUUAAAUAACUCAACUAUCAAAACUAGUUUUGCUUAACUUUUGGCCCAAACUGCUCAUUUUCAUCCCGUUUUGACUGAAACAGCUUUUAAAAAUAGGUCUAAGUUCUUGCUUUAGCUACACCCAUUUGUGUAGCUUUAUUCAAGCUGAUUUAUAAAGGUGUUUAACCAUGAGGAUGCUGUUAACACAAUUUCUUUGCUAAUAUUUAUUUCCAAAAAAUAUAUUUCAAUAGAAAAACAUAUUUCAUACUUCAUCAUGUUACAGUAACCAUUAUGAUUUCACAAUAGCAGCGUAAAUAAAAGCCAUGUGAUAGAAAUAUAGGCAGUUCCUCAAUAUUCAUUACUGUUUUUUCCCUCUAAGGGUGAUAAUAUUGAGGUCUUUUUCUUUUUAUUCUUUAAAUUGGUAUCUAAAAAAGAAGCUGUAUUCAUUUCAUCAUUUUAUCAGCAAGGAGCGACAAAAACAUAUUAUUCAAACCAAAAGGCUCCGAAGCCUUUUCAUAUCUCUGGUUUGGUGGUCCGAAUUCUACAAAAAUCUAUUUUCUGAUGUAGGAACCAAGAGGUCCUACAUCCAAGAUGAAACAAAAUAUUGGAGUCACUACUUUAAGACAAAAUUUAAUUAAAACAAUUUUUUUAUGAACCUUAGGCAAAGAAUUUCAGCAGCUGAUUGCACAGAGGGACGGUGGUCCAAAUUAUAUUGGCAAUCUCUGGAAAGACAGAGCAGAUUAUAGUAAAACAUUAGCUUUGCUGUCUGUUCUUUUAACCUACCAAUAAUUAUAUAAACAGUCAAAAUUUUGUCAAAACCACUAAUUGGAACACAAAAAAACCCCUUGAAAUCAACAACAAAAACAGCCCAAAUCAUUAAUAAGCCUAUUUUGACUGAGAGAUGUUUAGACUUCAGACUGUUAUUUUAUUUAUACAGCUGCAAACCAUGAAAAUCUCAGUGUACACAUACUUGUACUAUAGCACUACUGUAUGCAAAUUAAUUGGCAAGUAUUUCAAUAUAUUUUUUUUAACCUAAUGUUCAAUAAGCAGUAUUUUAAACUUUAUCUGUAGAAUAAUUAGUCUGGAUUAGUUAAACCAUUGUAAACUUAGCAGUAGUUUUGUCAAAGAAUGUUAUCGAUGCGAGUGGUAGUCAAGCAGAGGCCUUCAUUAGAUGAAUAUCCAGAGAAUUCUAAAGACAGACAUCUUAAAUGUUCUAGAUUUUCUUAAAUAAUCAAGUAGAACAAUAGAGUAGGAAAAACUUAACUGAAUAAAGCUCCAACAACAUGGCUCAGACAGCCUUCUUGCAUCGAUAAUGAAACAAAAUGGCAAAACAAGACUGAAAUAUGUAAAGCUCUGCAUUAGAUAACUGUUGUUGUAUGAAGUCUUUGGAGUGACAGUUUACCCCUAUUUUGCCAAAGGGAUAUCUUUCUAUCACAAAUAUUUGUAACGAAUCCAGUAAAAGGUUUUCUAAUCAAACUCCUUUCCAAAAACACCAAAUAUACUCAUAUACACAUUUCUUUAAAAAGCAGCAGGAAAUAGUCAUUUAAACUCAACUCAAACCUUUCUAAUUAAAGUUAUUAUGUAAUUGUCUCUUCACUGGGAUGGAGCUGAAGGUUUAUACACUGUAAUCAAUUUAAAAUAGUAAUACUAGCAAAAAAAAUAAAAAUAGAAAUGUACAACUGCAUUGGUUUAGUAUAACUUGAAGCCAUUAAUUUUCUUAGAUGUUGUCGAAACAUGUUGGAUUUAUUUUAAAACAGGUGGACAAGAAAGAGGCACUUGUAGUCGUGAAAUUUUUUUUUGCAUUCAGCCCAUUUUCUGAGUAUUUUUUUACAGAAAAAAAUUACUUUGAAGGCUGGUGGUCUCUUGUAACACCAGCUUUGUUGCACACAGUUUCUAUGUUACAACCUUGACUAACGGGCUUGUCUAACAUGAAGCUAACGGCAGCUGUCCGCAUGGUUUGAACGGAGGUGGGAAACUAAUUUCUGGCUUGCUAAUUUUGAGCUGCAACCAGCAAGCUUGCUAACUUUAACUGUAAAUACCAAACAGGCAGGGUUUUUUUAAAGUCAUAAACCAACUUUUCUUAGAAAAGCACUGCAAUAGCUUAUAAGUUAGUUUCUUGGCUCAGGCCUCAAAGUAACGAGUCUUUAACACAAAGCAACGAAGGAUUAAACAACUGAGCUGUUGACUGCUGUGAUUUGGACUUUUUGCUGUUUAACUGUAGAAUCUUAAAAUGAAGGAAAAGCCUUGCACUGCUUCAUGUUGCUAAAUAAAACGGCUAAAUGACCGUUUGAUUAGCAGAGUCGCUUUCGAUGUAAACAUAUUUUUGUUUAAUGAUUGACUUAAACAGUAAUUACAAUGUUCCUGUAAAAAAAUAAUAAUAAUCAAGUGGUGUUGGAUCAGUUGUGAACCAUUAAUAAUGUUGCUACUCAUGUAAAAGUUGAUAUGUCUCCGCUGCCUAAUUCACUUCUUAGCUUACCGACUGUCUGACAGACUGAGAAAUAAAUACAUGCAACACUGGAAAGUCAAAGAAAUGGGGGAAAGUAAAGAUGGAAGGAUGGACAUUCCUCUGGUACAAAAUGAGCAAAAGAAAAAGGAAUGUUGGGAUUAAAAGAAAAAACUUACCGGAGCUAUUCUUUACCUUUAACAUUUUAAAGUACAGGACACUAUCAAGAGAGGACAGAUAGUAAUAAAAAAAAUAUGUGGGAAGAAUAUGAAAAUAUAACAAAAAAAAAAUAAUGAAGUUACAGCCAUACAUUGAUUUCUGGGCCAGUGAGACAAAUGGACUCCUCUUGCCCAGCAUGUGUAUUGUUAUGAAGUCUUAUCCGUCCUCGUGUGUUUUCAUGCCUUUUCUCUCUUUCUAAAUGUCCUGCCAAAGUAACCAAAAUGGGCAGUAAUUUUUCUGUUAUAUUCCCCCCAAAACAGCCCUCCUUUUCCCCCCGUCCGUCUCCCCCUAUGCCACAUUUUCCAUGUUUUGGAAUGUCGAUGUGCUACUUGUUGACACUGUGCAUGAAUGAUGAAAUGCCUGUACAUAGUCCUAGAGAAUCUAGAGUUUCCCAUUCCUAUGGUGUUAACAGGAAGAGGUUUGAAUGUUGUACAGAUUUAGAUUUUUCCUUUGAUCCCUCUUCUUAAGUUACAGUUUGUGCAGAGCUAAAUUUUUUUCUUAAGUCAAACAAAGCUGCAAAGUCUGUUUGAAUUAAUUGCACAUCAUUAAUCAAGAUAUAUAUCAUUUAUGUUAAAAAAGGCAAUAUCUGCUGUUAUUGAAUGAGAGAGGAGAUAAUAGAAUUAUAUAUCUUAAAUCUAUAUGGGAGUUGCAUGGGUUAUUUGUAAAAAAGAAAACGGGGAGAGAAAAAAAAUGGCUUGCUACUUUUAAUACAAUGGCUGUAUACUGACAAAUGAGGAAUACUGUAUGUACAUCUAAAUGUUAUUUUGUCUUUAAAGAAAGCAUAUUAUGUAUAUUCUGUACAGUGUUAUCGGUGAGGUGGCCUUUAUGGUCAUACACUAACCAUAGAUUUAAUUCAACAUAUUUAUUUAAAAG